AUGGACAGCACCGAACUGUUUAGCAGCCAGCCACUGGAAUCAAGUGUUAUUGAGCAAAUUCGUCUCGGCGACUGGUCGCCCAUUAACGUGGGUGGCGAGGCCAGGCUCUGCUCACAGUUGCUGCAGUCGCUCUGCACCAUUGAGGAUGGCCGCAGUGCUGCCGAUCCUGCUGUGUUUUGCAGCGAGGUUAAACGCUGGGUGGAUCACUGCGUUGCGGCCGCCAAAAACACCAGCUCCUACAACUCCACAGAGACGGACACCAGCAGUACAAUUCGCACGCGAAUCGAAGCAGCAUUUGUCGAGACUAUUUGGACGCUAAACAUUGAGUGGGAGUCCGACACGGCCGACAAAAGCGACGGCCGGUGGGAAGAGGAGCGCAAGAGACACUCGGAUCAGAGCGAGUUAUUGCUGAAGCUAACAGAGAGCCUAUUGUCCAACGGCGUUAUCACCCACGACAUGGCGAAGGAGCGCCUUGAUCCGGAAUUUCUGGAGCGCGUCAAGACUAAAUUCAACCUGGUAAGCGAGCAGUCCGAGGGCUUUUCCAAACUAAUUACCCUGAUCCAGGCCACAAUGGCCGGCGUCGUUCCCCACCAAGUCAGCAGCGGAAUUAUUGGCUAUGUUGAAAGCAACCCAACGGCGUCGAGCGACCGCGGCUCUGUUGUUAUUCAGGCGCUGCGCUCGCUGCCAGACCUCCAAAAGCGCGUGGCAAACCUGCUUCUGGACAUAACGCGUUUAAUCGGCGUGUUCAACAUUGACCCAAACCGCGUACUUGAUAUUAUCAUCGACUGUUUCAUGUCGAGCGUGCGCUUCCACUGGGCAUUCUACGUGGCACUUCUCGACGCAUCACCCUGGUGCCGCACUGCCGCAGAGUCUCUGAAGGUCGCACAACUUGUUGGCUGGAAGUUGCAGUUUUACGUCAAUGGGCCCGCUUCGGACCACAAAUAUAUGGACGAGCUGUCGACCGUGGCGGCGCUUCUGAUCACGCACAGGAUAAUCCGGCUCUCCGACCUGUACACGAUGCUAUCGCCGAAUACACCCGAAGACAUCGAGGGGGAGUUUGGUGCAUGGCUCGCCAAGCAAAAGGAGCAGCGCAUAGGUAUUGGCAGCGGCAAUAGCGGCGAUGGUAGCAGCAGCCUGCUGGCCAAGAUGGGCGGUUUGGAGGAUAUGGGCGAUGGCGGCGAGAAUCAGGACGCGGAAGAGGCCAAGGGCCCCGAAGCCGCAAGCGAGUGGUCAAACCAGCACGCGCUGCUUUGUGCAAAGCUCCUGUCCAUGGGCGACACCGAGAGCGCACUAGUGUAUCUGCAGCGGUUCCCCAACAUGGCUCGCUCGCACGAGCAAAUAACCGACCUGGUUGUGCGCAUCGUCGAAGCCUCUACAAGCCGAAUUUACCAGAGCACUGACUGUGUCCGGGCGCCUGUCAAGCAGUUUUUAAAGCUGAAGCCCGUGUCCAAUGCACUGGCCAGCAGCACUGCAACAGUCAACGCCUGGGGCCUGCCCCUACACUCUGACGCCUCUGGCGAAGAGGCCCAACGAGCGGAUGCCGCAGGUCAGCUCGGUCGAGAGCAUGCCCCACGCUUUGGCGCCAUGGCUAAUAUUGCUUUCCUGCGGCUGCACCGUUCCCCAUCUCUGCUGACCCGCCUGUCCAGACUCUGCCGCUAUGGGUUGGAGCACAGCACCGAAGACGGACGCGAAUGGAUUGGGGUUUUGCGCUCGUGGGUUCUCCCAGCUUAUUCUCUUUGCACGCCCAGCGCCGCUCUAUCAAACGAGCUGUGGCUGCUCGUGUCCCAGCUGCCUCUGGCGCAGCGCUACGAGCUGUACGAGCAGUGGGACGCCAUUCUAUCCAGCGGCAAGCCGUCUCUCCCCCAGAUCGCUUCGGGCGGGCAACAGUCUCAAGUCACCGUCCAAAACGGCAUGACUGGGGGUCCCAUGUCCAUGGACAUGUCCCUCGAUGAAGCCCUUGACGAUGGCGACGACGGUGGCGAUGACAGCGACGUCCCUUCUGGUAGUUGUGUCGCGCAUGCACAGCCAGCAUACGUUGAGAUCGAGGCGCUCUAUCAUGAAACUCGGCGCCAGGUGCGAUCAGUUAUGCGGCGUUUGUCUGCAGACAAUGUCAAGCUCAUGGGCCGUCAGCUGUGCAACCUGUGCCACUCGACGCCCACCUUGUCGCUGAAAAUCAUUCUUGACCAGGUGUGCUCCUACGGCAACUUGGUGCGGCCGGUCGUCGAGGCGUUCCGAUACUUGACUCCAUUUGAUUCUGAUGUCAUGUUUUUCACUGUCCUCAAGAUAAUUGGCGAUCCGAACAGCGCAAGAGUCAAGGACGACGGUGUCAAUCCUGCACACUGGAUGCAGAACCUAUCGUCGUUUGUUGCAAGCUUUAGCCGCAGGCAUGAGAACGCUCGCUUGGACGUGGUUCUUGAUUACGUUCUGAAGCGCACCAUCGAUACAGUGCGCAACAAGCGCCCGGCACCCGCAUCCGAGCUGGUCAUUGUUUCAGAAAUUGUCCGAGUCCUGGCGAAAAUCGAGCUGAUGGCUGACGCCAACGACGGGCAAGUCUCAGCACUACAGGGCGGACACUAUCUGCGGCUCGAGGCCUUCGACAUGGGCAGCCCUUGGGAGCCGUCCAAGACCAAGACCAUUGACGACGUUCUUGUCGCGAGCUCUGACUAUCGGCUGACCCGGCGCAUGGCGCAGUGGCUGACAAGCAUGCUUGCGGACCGGGCACAGAUACUGCCGUUCGUGGUCUCGCUGUGCGCUCACGCAGAAUAUGUGCUCAAGACGGUGGUGUUGCCGCUCAGCAGCAUGCUCAUCAUUUACGACCGCGAAAUUGAGCGCAUAUACCAGCUGUUCAACCUGCUACUCUCCAACCUCAAGCCGGAAAAGUAUACCAGGCUUAUUCCCGGCCCGCACGUGCUGGCAGGCAGAUACGGUUUGAGCUGGGGGCUUGCCAUGCUGUGGGGGCGCCCGAGUAUCUCUGCACACUUGGCGCAGGGCCUGGUGCAGUGGGAAGAUUCCGGUGCGAAUAUACGCGUCGAGAUCGUCGAGCAGACGUUUGUCAAGGACCAGAGCAGCCAACAGACUUGGAUUGAUGCAGAAGCGCCGCCCACAGGCGCGCAGUCUGCAGAAACCGCUGCCACGGUUGCAGCCACUGCUACCGAGGAGCCAGGCAGCCGUCAGGACGGCUCACAGAUGGAUGUUGUCGGCGCGGAAGCCAAUGCUGCGGGUGACCUGGACCCGGAGCUACCGCGCGUUGUAUCAAGCUUGGCCUUUGAGGCCCCGUUACUGCCACGCGAUUACGUGACCUACGUCGCUCGCACAUUGCCUCAUUCGUCCCUCGACAUUGGUCUUUCGCCCGAGUUUGUCGCCAUGUUCUGGUCGCUGUCCUUGUACGACAUUGAGGUUCCGACCGGGCUCAAGACAAUGAAGGAUUCCACCGGGCGCAAGGACAUCACGGUCCCCGUCCCGCGCUACGACAUCGAGGCCGACAUCCAAAAAGAUCUGAUCGAUCGAGUACAGUCCAUGUCCAAGGAGUCGCACAGCCGGUCAAAGUCAUCUGCGCUCACCCAGGUCAGCGCCAGAGCCAACAUGGCGAUCGAUAACCUCAAUAAGGAGAGAGAUGAGCACAGGCAGCAUGUGUCGCGUAUUCGCCGGUGGCUGAUAGUGCAAAAGGACUACUGGUUCUGCAUGGCCCAUGACCAGCGCAAGCAGGUUGCCCAAGCACUUCUGCAGCACUGCAUUUUGCCCCGAGCUGUGCUCUCCGCGUCGGACGCCAGCUUUUGUGCCAAGCUGUUAUGGAUGCUGCACUUCCCGCUGGCCACCAACAAGUUUAGCUUGAUGAUUGUUUAUGACAAUAUCUUUAGUGAGACGCUGUCGACGCUGCUGGCUACAUUCACCCUGAACGAGGCUCGCAACUACGCAAAGUUCCUCAACAUGUCGCUCAAGUACUUGUCGCAACUGCACCAGUCCGAGGCCCAAUACAACGAGCGCGCAAAGUACUGGCGGUACGAGCGCGGCUACCUACCGCCAAAAUCGCGCACAAUUAACCAGGCGAUGCCCGCAAGCCCCACACCAGGAAGCGGUGACUCGCAGCGCAUCAAGCCUGGGUCCACGAUGCUGUCGUACGACGACUUCCGCACGGUAAUGCGCAAGUGGCAGGUGAACCUCACAAAGGCGUUUAUGGUCACUCUGGGCGCGGAGCGCAGCGACACUGUGCGCAACGGAAUCCUGGCGCUGAAAGAGAUGCAGCAUACCUUCCCCGCCAUUUCCCAGUAUGGAAGGCGGAUUCUGGAAAAGAUAAACGAGAUUUCUGAGAAUGGGCGGUCGGCAAACAACAAGAGUGCGCAGGCGGGAGGUGCUGACGACUCGGACAGCAGCCUCAAAGUGAUAGCCAUGUCAUACGGCUCGUACCUGGCAACGGCAAAGACGAGCUGGGUCUCAGAGACCGAGUAUUACCCGGUCCAAGCCAGGGAUACGCCCCUGCGCUCGCCGAGACCAGCCAACAGCCAACAGACAGGCAAACAGAAGGAGGGGUGCAGCGUAAUUGCUGGCAGCGGCAAUAACUCGGGCACUAAGGACGGCGGGCCUAGCUCUACUAGCAUCGAAUUAAAGGCCGAGGACUUGCCAAGCGAGAGGGCAAAGCCAUCACCGGGCGGUCGAUAUCGAGCGGCGCAAUGGCCGCUGCUCAGCCGCAUCUUCAUCAAAACACACACCAAAUUUAGCCCCGAGUACGACGACGGUGUGGUUCAUGGAGCUAGACCGGCCAAUGGUGGCGCUGCUAGGCAGGUCAGGGGCGAGGGCGGGGCUCGCUCUGACGCGGCAAGCGGCGAUCGCGAGCAGGACGCCAAGAGCCAGCGCGACCGCGAACGGAGCGACGCUUCCAGCAGAGGCAGGGGCAGAGACCGUGGCCGGCAGAGAGACAAUCACCAGCAAGAGUCGGAUACCCACUCCUCCUCUCAGCGAGCUGCUGACAUUGACCGCCGCGAAAGCCGUUCGGUGCGGAGCUCUCCAACACGGCACGAUCGCGAGGAUGUGCGCAGUGAAACUCACAAGCGCCCGCGCGACGACUCGGUAGUCGAUGUUGGCUACGCCUCCCAGCGUGGGGCAAUCUCAGGCUCGCCGAAUAUGUCUGAGCUGCACAUUUCAUCCCAGUCUCCCGCUUCCACGCAAGCGGCCAAGCUUUCUAACGAAGAGGCCGAGUGCAGGCGCAAGGAGCUUCGUGCACAGCUUUUAAAACAACAAGAGGAGAAGCAAAAGUCGCGAAGCGAUCGUCCGCCGGCCGAUUCGUCGACUGACCGGCGCGACCGACUCAAGGGUGCGGGGCACUGGCAUGCACGACAGAAGGAUAAUGCUGAUUCCAGGGAGUCUGGGGGCAGGAGACUCAAUCGUCGCGGACCAACCAGAAACGCUGAGGCCGGAAGCAAUUCCAGUUCGAAUCAUUUGGCACAAGCCGAAAGUCGCGAUAUUGGCAGCAGGCGGUACUCCGUUCAGGGCCAGGGCCAGCCUCAAACCCAGCAGCAGUCAGAUUCGGGUGUUUUUGAUCGACUAGGGGCCUCAUCUCAGGGCCAGCAGCAGCAGCGCAAGAGGCAGCAGCAUGAUCAACAGUCCUUUCAACAGCCAUCUCAACACCAGCAGCAGCAGCAGCCAUCGCAGAGUAAUCGCGCAGAACACUCUGGGCGAGCUGAUCGCGGGCAACGGCGUGCUGUUCGUAGCGGCGGUAACUCUAACAGCGGGCGCAAUCUGUCACCAGAUUCGAAUCGUGGAGGCGGCGGGGACAGGCGCCCCCAAAGUAACGCCCAGUCAAGCAUCUCGAUCCGCAGCUUGGGUGGAAGGCAGGGCAAGGGUGACGGGGACAGGGACAGGGACAGGGGCAGGCCCGAUGGGGUUGCCACGUCUUUGAACCGCAGGGGUGCAGCUGGCUCGGACCAAAGUGCUUCCAGUAACAGCGGCAAUACCAAUACCAAUGCCAAUGCCAAUGGCGAUGGGGGCGGAGGUCGUCGCGGUGUCAAGCGCGGGCGAGUCAAUGAUGGGCGCGACUGGGAUGAUGGCAAGCGCAAUCGCAGGUGAAUGCGCAGUGGCGAGUCUGCGAAAGUGUCCCUAAAAAUUUAAGGCUAGCCUUGCAGCAAUGCACGCCCCAUUUUUAUUAUUAUUUUACAUAAUUUAUUGGCAAAUACAAAUUCCGAGUGUGCCG